AUGCUUCCCGUGGAGCUCGAGGAGCGACUGGCCCAAAAGAGGUGUAUAGUGGUUUCUUCGCCUGACGUCACCGAGGAAGCUGACGACCAUUACUGGCGGCAUGCACUCAAGCAGCAGGCUAGAUGCGGGCAUGUCUCGUCUGCCGGCUACGACAUCGAGGUCAUCGACAGCGACCUCCUGAGGCAGGCUGUGUCACAGGAGUCUCUGCAGAUUGCGCUGAACGAGCCAUGCAGGUUGUCUCUCGAGACCGCUCCAUCAACUCUUAUCUUCGCGAACCCCGGCGGUGGAGAGAUCCACCUCUGCCUUGUUAUGCGUGCUCAGAGGACUUUGGAAGAUGUUUUCAUGGAGUGCCUGCCGACGAGCAUACCAGAGAGCCCACAUGUCCGCACGCCGGCGACCCGGGCGCUUCCUCCGCGAUUUGCCUCGACCUCGACCUCUACCUCGACGACCCGCCUCCCGCUGUGCGGCAUCCGCGAGUCGACCUUCGCCUUCCACGUCUCCGCCGCCUGUAGGUUUCUCUCCCUCACCUCUCUUGCUACUCCCGUUCACCCUGCUGACGACCUACGUUACCAUCUACCUCGCUUCUGGCGCAGUCGGCACGCCGGCGACCCCGGCGCUUCCUCCGCGAUCUGCCUCGACCUCGACCUCUACGACCUGCCUCCCGCUGAUCGCUGUUCCCCGCCCGCCCGCCAUGGAUUAUACAACCAGGGUCAUUGCUUUCCAUGGACUGUUUCACACUAUUGUAAUUCAUUAAUUCUAUUGGGCGAGCUCAACUUAAAUUUAAGGCAAGGUGUCUGUACUAUAUCAGAGAAGAAACUUAUUGAGCGUGUCUCUGAUUAUUAUAUGACUAAGGCCACUCACAAGGUGUCGAAAAUUAGGAAAACUACAAAUAAGUCCGUCAAACGCUUGGCACAACCCAUUCAAUGUAAAAUGAUGCUCACAAGUGUUGAGCAUAUGGAGAACAGCGGAGAACUCAAAUUAUUUGAGCAAUUGGGUAUUAAAGUUUAUCAUGCCAAUGUUGUUGAUCCCAAGGAAGAAGAACUGGUUAGAGCCGUAGGGACAAAUACAUUUGACACCCUUUUGGCUGGUCUUGCUGCACAUAAAGCUAAGACAGAUGUGCAGAGUCAUUCUCCCGGUUCUUCACAGGUGGAUGAGAGUGCAUCAUCGCAUUUGGAGGCAGUCGAUUGGGAAUUGAUUGAUGACUUCCUUAGCAAGAACCACACUCAGUUAACAGCAUAUGGUAUUCAGUCUAUAAAACAACAGAUGAUAGAUAAGAAUGAAACCCUACAUGGAACUUUACUUCUGUUACAAAAUACUUCAGAUCAGGUUGAAAAUCCUAUUGCAUGGCAGCAUAUCAAUGAUGUUUUGGACAGCUCAUGGACACAAGGGAAUGACUAUGUUGCAAAAUCUGUGUAUUUUAGAGGCAAUGCCAUCCUUCUAAGAGGUGAUGUGGACCUGAGUAAAAUACUUGAUUGUAACUUGAGUCUAAAUCUUGCCCAACUUCAUCAAGUUGUUUUCGGGGCCAAAAAGACUGUCAUCUACAACAUAAAAAUCACGAAAGACCUUCAGAUUUUUGAGGGCCUUGGCUUUCGUUUAUGUCAUGGUUUCAUCGCUGACCCGGAGGAUCUCAAUCUUUGCAAUGCAAUUGGAGAAAGGUAUUAUGAUUGUACAACUGAGAGCCCAACUUCUCAUUUGAAGGCUGACGAUCAUGGAAAGUUACUUGAUAAGUUCCUAAAAGAUCAUGAUACUGAACUAACACCAUAUGGUUUGCGAAAUUUACAAGAGGAAUUGUCGGAAACAGAUAUCUGUGUUAUAUUCUGGAACAAACAGUUUCAUACAGCUAUCAAGUGCAAUAACCGCAUCUUUGUUUUGAAUCCAAGUUUGAGGUCAUUUGAUGAACAGAAAAUAUGGAGAAGUUUAGACACUGUGGAUGGUGCUGGAGCAACUUUGGCCAGUCUUCCUGACCCUAUCUCUGGAAAAUCAGGCGAAUUUAUAUGCAUCAAUUCAGAUUGUUUAUUGGCAUUUACGUCAUCAUUUAAUCUUCAACGGCAUAAUUAUGUUAAUCAUACAAGUUCUAGCAGCACAGAAUUGGACAUUUUGCAACACAGAAGUGAAUAUAGUAAUUUUUGGGAUAGUCUCUCAUCUAAAGAGUCUGCCGAGAUAUUGUCUCUAGAGGAUAUGCAAUUUAAGAAUCUUGAGGGAAAACUCAUUGUGCGAAUACUAGAACAGCGAUCUUCUCAAAAGGACGGAGUUGCUAUGAUGUUGUUCGACAUUAGGCGUCGUUCCAUGGAAGGAGAAAAGAUAACGUCAGAAGUUCUGUUUGCUGUUCUCGAUGGCGCCAGCGAGAAAACUUUGUUACGCUCUGAUAUUCGUAAUUGCAAAGAGGGAGGAAUAUGGGACGUCAGUCCGAGUGACAUCAUAACUGACAUGAAGUCAUUGCUUGCGUGUUACAGCUACUUGCUUGAGAAGGCAUUGAUGAACAAAUGGUUACAAUACAAGGCUGCACUAGCAUAUAAAGUUGGGGAAGAUCUUAUUGCCGCGGAGAAAAGGGGAAAGAAGGUCAACGACCAAAACAGUCAGGGAGAGCUGGGUAUUUCUGCUCAUUCUACCGAAGAUCAUAGUUCUAAUUCUACUGACCAACAUGAUAGCCCACCUUUAGAAGGCACCAAAGGUCAUAGUUCUAAUUCUACUGGCCAACAUGAUGAUCCACCUUUAGAAGGCACUGGAGACGGUACAAAAGAUGACAGGGUUCAAAGUAGCCAAUCCUUAAAACAUACUGAAGACGACAGCAUUGGCAAUCUGUAUGAUUUGAUUCUUGAAUUCCUUAGGAGCUUUAGGAACAACGACCCCAAAAAGUUCUACAGAGGCGAAAUUGAAACGAUUAAGUAUAUGGGCAAUUUGGAUAUACACAUUCAUUUUCCGCACAUGAAAGAGUAUUCUGUAGAACUUGCUGCAUAUAUUAUUGAUCAUCAUGACAGUGACGGGGUUAAAGCUGAUAUAUCACGUGCUGCUGCUCAAUACCUUGUUGAACAUAACAUUGGAAAACCUGAGGAAGAGAUACGUGAGGGUAUAAAAGUGAUAAUGGUGGAUCUGCCCUCACCAACCAGUAACAUGUCCUUUAAGAAAUAUGCUAGGCUAAACAAGUUGAUAAGGCCUUUUAAACUUCCGAAGAAGUUUCGUCGACUUUUUUCACUUACAUGGAAAGGAAGAUUGUACUUGAUGACAUAUGCUGGAAGAAGAGCUGCUCGUGGCCUAAUGAACUGCAUCAUUAAGAAGCACAAGGAAAAACUUUGUUGGAGAGGUGAAUGGAAAUUGUCUGACAUGCGCAUCGAAGAUGGAUUGUUUGUUAUUGACACAGAAGCAUUGUAUGUUGCGGAUGUCGAGGGUAUGGCUUGGGAUUAUAAGAAGUACAUUGAGCUUCUGAAUCCUUUCUAUGUCACAGUUGAACAAUCCUCCUCCUCUGGGUCAAAGAAAAAACAAUCCUCUUCCUCUGGGUCAAAGAAAAAACAAUCCUCCUCCUCCUCGUCAAAAGAAAAACAAUCCUCCAAUAGUCCACCAUAUUGGGAAAUUCUUCAAACUGACACCAUGGCGAUGCCAGAUCCGUUCAAGGACCCAAAGGCAUUUGACAGAUUUCAGAAGUACAUGUCUGCACACUUUGCAUUCAUGCCACCAGUUAGUAUAUUUCAGUUUCUUUGUCUGCUAUUUAGCAUUUGUGAUGGACUGCGGCCAAACAGCGAUCAACAAUAUGGACCGUUGAACGUUAAGCCGAAGGGUGUUGAAAAUUGGACACCCAAGGCUAUAGGAGUAUUUCUGUUUAAUGACGUCUUGUUCUAUUCGAAGAAUGGUGUCAUUGUCAAUGCGUAUAGUAAUAUGUACUGGUAUAUGCUAAAGUUUGUUAGACAUUUCCCUUCACAUAUUCUAAGUCUGACAAAGAACACUGAAGGCCAAGACGUCCAAGAUAUGAUCUUAAUACAUUUAAUGCUAGCCUGUCGUCUUGAUCGUAAUUUGGCAUCACUAAUUCGACACAUUGUUAAUCAAACAAACAUGGAUGGACUAUUUUUACGUGCAUGGCAAGCGCUCUUAGCUUCAGAUGAUAAAAUCGAGGAGGAUUUCUUAGAAGAUCAAGUAUCUGAAUCUGAGGAUGAAGAAAGUGACACUGAUGUUGAAGAGACAAGGGAUGAAAUCGAGGAUGAAGAUAUUGCAGAUCUUGAACUGUUCAAAUCUGAGGAUGAAGAGUGACAAGGAAUGCUAUACUGGGAAGAGACAGAAGGCUUGAAACCAUCUCGAGAUGCAUGCUCUGCAGGCAACACUUCAGCUCUGCGGGCAAGGGCUGUGGAAAUUCACCACGAUUUGUAGAUGCAUGCCCUGCUGAACCUUGUUUUUGUUCAGCUUGAUGAUCAUGCUUAUGGAUAAGACCGAACUAGCCCAUGUAGCUAUGCAUGAGUUCAUCCCUCUGUUUUCUCCUAGGGCGUUAGAUAGAAGCAGCAUUUGAGGGUUUUCUAUGGGAGUCGGCUGUUUUUUUUUUAGUCUUGGGCGAAUUUGUUUGCCCCCUCUUCUCUGGGUUCUCCGGUGGCCGCACAAGCACAAGAGUGCUCCUGUAAGCAACUACUUUUACCGAGAGCCCCGACUCAUGGAUCUACCAUACCACAUCAGUUGUCCGUACAGCAGGAGCGGGAUGGGCGUUGUACAUCCUUAGGAUGUGGUUUGCGGAGCACGUCCGUGGCACACGAAUGAAGUGGGUCGUGUGGCCCUUAUAACAAAAGAACUUGGAGCACUGCUUGCUAAUAGUAGAUGUUUGGAAGUCAGUUUUUUUUAGAAAUGUUCUGCUGUAAUUCAUUCUUCAAGUGCCUC